AGAUCAGUUGCAAACUUCACGCGAGUAUCCGCACUGAUGGCUGAUUGCACAGAUAGGUGUAUCUCAAAAGUCACUUAAAUAAUUCUUUAAAUAUCUCGCGACGUUCAUAAAUAAACGGACGAAUUGUUUAGUUUUCUCGUUAUUUCUGUCGUUCGGUGACGAUGUCGAAGUUAGGUGAUAAACAGAAUUAUUCGCAAACUUACAAACUAGUUAUAGUCGGAGGUGGUGGUGUUGGAAAAUCAGCGAUAACCCUACAAUUUAUUCAGAGUUAUUUUGUAACAGAUUAUGACCCAACGAUAGAAGAUUCAUACACAAAACAAUGCGUGAUAGACGAUAUACCAGCAAAAUUAGAUAUUUUAGAUACAGCUGGGCAAGAAGAAUUCAGUGCAAUGCGAGAACAAUACAUGCGAUCGGGUGAAGGAUUUUUAUUAGUAUUUUCAGUCACGGAAAAAUCUAGUUUCGAAGAAAUCUAUAAAUUUCAUAAACAAAUUCUUAGAGUUAAAGAUAGAGAUGAGUUUCCAAUGUUAAUGGUUGGAAAUAAGAUUGAUUUAGAAUCACAAAGAGUUGUUUGGCAAGAAGAAGCUCAAGCUUUGGCGAGAAAUUUAAAAAUUCCUUAUAUGGAAUGUAGUGCAAAAAUGCGAAUGAACGUCGAUAACGCUUUUUACGAGUUGGUCAGGGUCGUGCGGAAGUUUCAAGCUUCUGAACGGCCCCCAAUAGACCCUACUCUUAAAGAGAAAAGCAAAAAGAAGUGUUGUAUUUUGUAAUUUAUUCAUAAUUCGGCUAAAGGACUGUUUAGGUAAAACGCUACAUCACAUAAUUUUUUCACUUGUCUACAUCACAAACCGGAUCGACUCGUUUAUUGCAACGUUAUUGUAAGCGUAACAAUACGUGUAUGCGGAUUACUGCCCGUCAUAAACAUGAUAUAUUUUAAAAA